GAAAGGACCAAUUCCGAUCAUUCCGAUACAGACCCGGCUCCAGGCUUGGAUGAUAGCUUCCCCUGGUCACAGCUCCGGCCCUGUAGGAUACCAACUCAGGCUCGACCUCCGUGUCUUCGUGUCCACCACCAUGCCGUCCCCAGACAUCUAGCGUCAAAGGAUCGUCGACGGCUCCAGACCCCAGAAUUUCGACUCCAGAGUUGCCAUGCAAGCCUUUCCCCUCUUCCCCACACCCCGCAAAGUGUUCCCGUCUUCCGUCUUCGGUCAAGUCGCUGAGUCCAGGUCUGGGAAUCUCAACAUUUUCAACUCUUUUUUCGCGUCAUCUGGUCCCGUACUCAGUCUCCGUAGACAAGUUUCCCCUCGCUCCAAUCCCUUAUCUUGCGGAUCCCAGUGAAGAAUCCUUCUUGCGCGAUCCAAAGUCUAGAUAAUGGCAUCUGAGACCACACCUCCCGAAGUCUCCAAGCCCAAGUCGCAAACCAAAGUCCGCAAGCGCGCACCCAAAGCCUGUCUAUCAUGUCGCGCUCGCAAAGUGAGAUGCGACGUGUCUCAGCGAGGUCGCCCAUGCAUGAACUGCUAUCUCGACAGUGAGAAUUGUGUAGUAACUGGGCGCGCAUCACGGUUUCGAAGAGCGCAACAAAGAGAUGGUGUCGACAAUGCGGAAGGCGCAUAUCCGCAGUACGACGCAGAGGCCGGCGAGCAACUUCUUGUCGUAGAUCCCAUCACAGCAACGAGUGACGACUCUCGGCCAGUUCCCUCAAACGAAUCAGACACCCAACCACAAGCCUGCAACCAUUCACACGGCGACGACAUCACAAUACCAACAGCCACCGACCGACCAAAGAGCCCGGUGGUUAAUGAUAGCCAUGCCCAGAAUGAGCAACCAAAACCAAGCCGUCACCACGCCAGGCCUUCAGUAGCAUCGACGAGCACGUACGAAGCUUUUCCUUCCAAUUCUCUGCCCUUGAAUAAUCAGCCCUUUACGACGCCAUACACCGCUGGUCAACAAAAUACCAUGGGAAUAGACGUUACAUACUCUUUCUACCCGUUCCUGGCAUUGGGCAAUCUUCACGGAAUCCCACCACAGGAUGUGAACUAUUUGGAGCUCCAGGGAUGUCUUAGGGUGCCGACACGCGCCAUACUUGACGAGUUUGUUCAGCAAUACUUCCUGCAUGUCCACCCACUGCUGCCAAUGAUCCAUGAGGGCGACUUUUGGGAUCUCUACUGCGUGAAUCCCACCAGUUACGUGCCUGGCGAAAAACUCUCACUGCUCGUCUUCCAGGCAAUGCUGUUCGCUUGUUGCAACUUUGUCUCCCGCCAGACCAUCAAGACACUUGGCUUUCCGACCGUUCGAGCCUGUCGCGCCGCUUUCUAUAGACGUGCCAAGCUUCUUUACGACCUCGAAUCCGAAUCGUCUCCCCUCGCAAUUUCACAGGCUUCCCUUCUCCUCUCCUUCUGGUCUUCGCCUACCUCCCCGGCAUUCCGCAAAUCAAACACAGCCUGGCUCUCCAUUGCGAUUCAAAAUGCGAAAAUGGUCGAAGCCCAUCACUACGCCACGCGCACAGCAUCUCCCAAGAAGCGCAACCUCCUGAAGCGUCUUUGGUGGUGCUGUAUCAUUCGCGAUCGAAUUGUCGGCCUAGGCCUUCGCCGCAGUCUGCAGAUCACGCGGAGUCAUUUCACUUUUGAUCCGAAUGAAAGUCUUGGGUAUUCGGACUUGGCUGAUGAGAUUGAGAGGAGCAGGGUGUAUAACCCAGGCACAAAACGGUGCUUGGCUGAGAUCUUAGAGCAACUGGUGGAGCUGUGCGUUGUGCUGACCGAUAUCCUGAUCCUGGUUUUCCCGCUAGACGACAGACCGGGUUGGGGCAGAGAGAUGCGAGCCGAAGAGCAGGACAAGGUGCGAGUAUGUAAAGUUGCGCUACAAAGGUGGUAUAAGGGCGUGACGAUGCGGUUUCCCAUGUUUGGUGGCGGUUCGGUUGCGAGGAUGAAGGCACCAGGGAACGAGUUCCAACACGACUCUGUGAUAUUGUACACCAAUUUGAUGUACAUGUACUAUCACUCCUCGCGAGUGGUUCUCAGUCACCACGAAGUCCUGCACCUCGCCAUCACCGCCGCAGCGCCAUCUUUCAACGCCAUCCCAACCUCCGAUCUCAUCAUCAUUGGAGAGAACCGACACGAGCUUCAGGAUGCCGCUUCCGGGGUAACGGAGUGUCUCAAGGAACUUAUCCAUCUUCGUCUCGCACGUUGGCUUCCCAUCAGUGCCGUAGCCUGUACCGCUUUGCCGCUGGUUCUGCACAUCCUUGAUGUGAAGCUAUCGGCCUCUUCACGAUCCUUCGACCCCAACACGCAAUCGGCGCUUAAGCAACAUCGCCUCAACAUUCUCAUAGAAGCCAUGAAAACAUACCAACCACAAUAUGACGGCGUCGACUGGGUCAGCGAGACGAUUCGACACAUUGUUAAUCUAGCGCAAAUUGAAUCGCCAGCACCAGGGGAUUCCGCAAACGCAACUCCCGGCGGCGCAGUCAUCGCAGACUGGACCGACAUCCUUGCCUCCCAGCCAAGCUCCUACCUCCGCCUAGCCCUGACGAUGGACCUCUCCCUCAGCAAAGGACGGCUUCCAGAAGACGGAGACUUCCCAGUCAGUCUCCGUGGCCUCUUCACAGGCGGCUUCAAUCCGCUCAAGGCGCUCCUCGAACGUAAGAGGAACGAAAGCAGAGACGCCAGCAGGGAUACGAGCGGGGGCUUCUCGGAGCCUGCAGAGCACGCCACAGAUCGUAUGACGGACUUUGACGCCGCAGCAAUGAGAGUCAACCUCUUCCGGAUGCAGCCGCCCGGCACCGUGACAGCCAUCCCGUCAGACGAAGAUUCCACCUCGCCGACAUCAGCGGGCAGCCACAGCCAGGACAGCGUUACGGACGACACAUCACCGCGCACCGGCGCGGAAUACCAAAGCAGCUGCGAUGUCAACAUGGCAGAUCGCCCACCGUCGGAGGGCAUCGACGGUCUGGCUGCCGAGGUCCUCGCCGCGUUUCCGCUGGAUGAUCAGUCUGCGAAUGUAGCUUCUGGCGACUUUGAUGGCAUGUACUUUGACGGGAUGCCGGGGCACGAUGGGCCCGGCGGGUGGAUCGAGACGGCGUGGAAUGAGCUUACGCAACAUUCUGCUGCGCCGGGGUCUGGCGAGGAUCGCGGGGAUAGGGAUACGGCGAGAGUGCUGCUUGAUGCGUUGAGGGAAGGGGAGCUGGCGGAGUGUGCUGCUUGAGAUUUGUAUGAAUGUAAGGGUAAAAUGAUGACUUGACGACUUGAUGUACACAGGGAGUGUUAAUGCUCACUCUUGUUCUUGCGUAGAUAGCUACUGAGCU